GAUAACUAUUCGGGGAACGAGUAUAGCAACAUGUUCUUAUAAAUCAAAGAAAAAAAGAAAAAAGCAAAAAGUGAAGAGAGAAAGAGAGAGAGAGAGAGAGAGAGAGAGAGAGAGAGAGAAAGGGAUAUUUCACGAUUUUCGUUGAAAUUAUCUGUCGACAUCAACACGGAGGAUAAGUGAAUAGAGAACUUUGCGACUCAGAUAUACAAAUUUUAUAAUAAGAAAGUUAUUAGUAGAAUUCGAUUUUAAUCAUGGCUGUAACCCUGGACAAGAUAAUCAAAGUAUAUACGUUUCUGAAUGAGGAUUUAGCAGAUCCACGUACCAAAGAUCUGUUUCUGAUCGGCAAUCUAUGGUGUGUUCCAUUUAUGAAUAUAUUUUAUCUUUUCUUCGCAAAUAAAGUUGGGCUAAAAUUUAUGGAGAAAAGACAACCUUACGAAAUAAACAGGAUAAUACAGAUAUAUAACGUUUUGCAAAUUAUAAUUAAUUUAUACCUAUUUUUUAUGGUAUCAUAUGCAAUGUGGUUAAUAAAUUUCAAUUUUCGAUGCGAACCUAUAGAUUACUCUAAUACACCAAAUAAUAUACUGAUUUGCAGGUUGACUUGGUACUACUUUUUGCUUAAGAUCGUCGAUUGGCUGGACACAAUUUUCUUUAUACUUAAAAAGAAACAAAAUAAUGUGAGCUUCCUUCACUUAUAUCACCACAGUGCCGUAGUAUUAGGCACUUGGAUAGGCGUAAAAUAUGUUCCUGGUGGUCAAGCUAUACUUUUAGGAAUAUUGAACACGUUCAUCCACGCAAUAAUGUAUACAUACUAUCUGCUGUCAUCUAUGAAAAUCAACGUGCAGUGGUGGAAAAAAUACCUUACCCAGCUGCAGAUAAUUCAGUUCUUAAUACUAACAUACCAAUUCUCUCUAAUAUUCGUGGUGAAUUGCAAUUAUCCGCAAUGGAUUGCGAUAAUUGCGGUAACGCAGAAUGUCACCAUGCUCUUAUUAUUUGUGGAUUUUUAUUACAAGACGUACCUUAUACCAGCAAAUACAGUGGCAGCAUGGAAAAUUAAAGCGAACGACGUUUCCGCUGAACUUAAUCCUAAUGGAAAAUUAAAAGAACAGUAAGUGCGCGUAGCGUACUUUUCACUUGUUUGGUCUUUUUAUUUUAUUAACAUUAAUAUAUCGUGGCGACAGAAUUAAACGUUAUUCUCGCUCAGAACUUAGAAAUUCGUAACGAAGUUACUGCAUUUCUCGUUUGUAGAGUAGCCUAAGUAAGCAUAAGUAAACGUAUAUGUCUUUCAUAAUCUCGAAUGUAAGGAAGUCCAUAAUGAGAAAACUAAGGUUUAAAUGAGUUUUAAAUAUAUUAAAAAUAAACAAAUCUACUUGCUUUUAAA